CACUAUUCAACGUGAUUACGGAAGAGGCCGCCUCUCAGUACAAAAGUCGCCAAGUUUCCCCCGAGUGUCCACGUACCAGAACCCAAGAUGCAGUUCCGCACCGCGUUGCUGGCGCUCGCGGCCUUCGCCUUCGCAGCACAAUGCGCACAAGCCGAACCUGUGAAGCUGACCGAGGCUACAUUCGAUCACCAAACGACCAAAGGCGUGUGGUUCGUCAAAUUCUACGCGCCGUGGUGCGGUCACUGCCAGAAAUUGGCACCGACCAUCGACGACCUGUCCGAAGCAGCGAAGGACAUUCACGUGGCCAAGGUGGACUGCACCAAGGAGCGCAGCGUCUGCGAGCGCUUCAGUGUAGGCUCGUACCCGACCCUCAAGGUCGUGACCGACGGCAAGUCGUACGACUACAAUGGCCGUCGCGACGUGGACUCCAUGCUCGCGUACGCUACCGAGGGCUACAAGAAGGACUUUGGAGAGCGCAUUCUGUCCUACGCUGAGUUUGUGGAGCAGCGCAAGGCCGCAGCUGCCGAGCACGAGGAGAACGAGCGCAAGAGCGCUGUCGUGCACCUCACCACCACAUCGUUCGAAGAGCAGGUGCUGCCUGGCAAGGAUCCGUGGCUCAUCAAGUUCUACGCGCCCUGGUGUGGCCACUGCAAGCGCCUCGCACCUACUUGGAACAAGCUCAGCCGCACUCUCAAGGAGAACGGCAGCAACGUCCGUGUGGCCAAGGUGGACUGCACUGUGCACCGCCGCGUGUGCUCGCGCUUCGGUGUAAACGGCUACCCGUCGCUUUUCUACAUUAACGAUGGACAGGUGUACAGAUACAAGGGCGGUCGCUCGCUCCCUGCGUUCCUUGACUUUGUGGAGAGCGGCUGGAAGAAGGCCGAGUCGACUGGACCGAUCCCUGAGGAGGGUUUCUUCUCCAAGAUCGUCGAUAUUACCAUCGAGUGGGCCACGGAGCACACUGUGCUGGCUGUUCUGGCAGGCAUCCUGGUAAUCGCCAUCGUUGUGGCCAUCUUGGUGGCUCUGCUGGACUACUGGCUUGGUGCUGACGAUGUGGCGCAGUACAAGAAGGCUCUGGACGAGAAGGAAGCGGAACAGAAGGACGGUGAGGAACUCCCGCCUAAGGUGCCGUCUGCAGCGGAGGCCAAGAAGACUGGCCAGAAGCCCAAGGACGAAUAACAGGAUUACGUAGGGUCUAUGCUGCUUGAAACGCUGAUCGAUAGAAAGGAGAAAAAAAAUAGCCGCCUUACAGGCAGACUGCAUGUAGCUAGUACGUUAGUUAGGACCUCAUCAAGGAUCGACAAUGAGCAUGUACAGCUUUCCGCACUUUCGUAGCGAUCUUUAUGUUGCAGGGGUGUUUACGACGGACGUCCAGUAUUCGAUGACCUCCAGGAACCACAUUGGCUCAC